AUGGAUAUAGGAGAUUUUUCUGAACAUAUAAAGUACAAGGGGUUAUUUGAUUGGAUCAAACAGGAGGCGCAGCAAGCCUACAGUCGGAGGGGCGAAAAGGUCCAAGAUCACCCUCCUCCUAAGAUACUCGCCCAGAACUUCAUAACGUCGAGAGACUACGAAUAUAAGAGCCCGCUAGGUACGAAUUCACAAAAGGUUUUUGCGGCGAGAGUGCCAAUCUCCUACCCGCCUUGCGUUCGCCCAGUCCAGGAGCUAGAACCCCUGAUGAUAUCAAAAAUGACACUUGAGACUCACCACAGGGGAAAACAAACCUUGAUUCGCGUCUUGACACCUGCUACUCGGGAAGUCUACGUCGUGGCCGUCGUUGAAGAUGAAGAAGGCACUGCGCUUCUAAUGCAGCUCUACAACCAGCCUGAGGAGGAAGUGGUCGGCGCGGACAAAAUCCUGCGUCAAGGUGAUGUUUGCAUCAUAAAGGAACCAGUUUUCAGAAGCAAUAUCUGCAACGACUAUAUGAUCCAAGUUGACCAUGCCAGCGACAUUAUCUGGCUUCGGGAUGCCGACCCCCGAAUUCCCCCGAAGUGGAGAAAGCGAGUUCAGGCCCCCGACAAAAGUUCCAAGGACAUACGAUUAGAAGGGAACGCGGCAGUUCAAAGCCGGAAAUGGGCGGAAGCAGAGCAACUUUACACAGACGCUAUCCGCGCUGCCAAAACCCCCGAAGAGGAGCGGCUAGCCCACCUCAACCGUUCCCUCGCGAACCUCCGCCUUGAGCGGCCGGGAAAAGCUCUCGACGACGCACUGAAGGGCCACGCAAACAAGGACUUGCCAAACGAAAAAGCUCUUUUCCGAGAGGCCAAAGCCCUCUACUCGCUGCGGAAGUUCAACCCAUGUCUUGAGAAGCUUUCAGCCGUCGUGCGUAUCAACCCCAAGAACUCGGACGCGUGGGCCGAGAUCAAGCGCGUCAAGCAGCGAAUCCAGGAGGAGGAAACAGGCGUAUAUGACUUCAUUGACAUGCACAAGCAGUCCGAGUGCACUCCGCCUUUAAUAGAUUGUGCAACAUACGUCGGACCAGUGGAAGUCCGCGAUUCCCCUGGCCAAGGCAAGGGCCUCUUCACCACGAAGCCAGUCAAAGCGGGAGAGCUCUUGCUGUGCGAGAAGGCUUUUGCGUAUACUUACGCCGAAAAUGACUGCCCUAUCGGUAAGGCGAAUAUGACAUUCCUGAUGGACCUAAACUCCAACACAAUGACCCUCGGCGGGCAAGCCAACCUCAUCGCGCAGGUCGUCCAGAAGAUAUACCACAACCACGCCGAGGGAAAAGUAGUCACCGAACUGCACCACGGCGACUAUCCUAAGGUGGCCACAUCCGAAGUUGACGGAGCCCCGGUAGUCGACAGUUUCCUCAUCACCAAAAUAGUCCAACAAAACUCCAUUGGCGCCGGCCGCAGCACCUUGAAGGACCUAGCCCCACCAGAACCCAACUCCCGACCAAAGAAACCCCCGGUAUUCUACAAAAACUGCGGAAUCUGGCCUCUCGCAGCGCGUAUAAACCACGCCUGCAACGAAAACAGCCACCGGUCCUUCAUAGGUGACAUGAUACUCAUACGGUCCAGCACGGACCUCGUCGCCAACACCGAGAUCUUCCACGACUACCGCCACGCGCGCGCCCAUGAGACAUACGACCAGACGUGCAAAGCGCUGCAAAGAUGGGGCUUCAUGUGCGCCUGCGCGCUGUGCCGAGAAAAAAAGGUUACCUGGUGGUACAUGGAGUGGCGGCGGCAGGUGGUAUGCAAUGAGCUCCACUUGCUAGUGAGAGAGAUUGACACGGUGGCGGGGGUAGCGCGCCCGUUGGAGACCGCCGGGGUUUUGGGGUCCAUGUAUGCGCCGCGACCAAAGAUGGCGUCAGUGCUAUUAGAGAUGGAGCCAGUGCUGCGACUCGAGUUGUGGGAAGCGUUUUCCGAGCUGGGGAUACAGCUGGUGCUGGUGGGGGAGUUGCAGGAGCGAUUAGAGGAGCAAUUGGAGAUGUAUAUCAAGGGGUUGGAGAUGCAUAUUAAGGGGUUGGAGGAGCUUGGGUAUGUUGUUGAGGCGAGCAUGCCGAGGGAGAAGGGUGAGAAGGAGAAGAAGGCGAAGCUACAGAUAAAACGCUGGGGGCAGGUAAACGAAGGGGUUAUUUACGCGUUCUCGUCAAUGCUCACUGCGUACGAUAAACUCGCGCCUGAGCUCUGCGAGGUCGUCAAGGAGUAUGCCGGUGUUGCCUACAGCAUCGUCUUUGGCGAGAAAGAGACCAUCGGUCUAUAUUUUCCUAUUCUAGCUAGUUAG